CUUUCCUUCGGCUAUAACCUGUUUGCUAUUUUGUCUCUCAACAUUCAAAAGAUAGUGUCCUCAAAUUCAGGAUCUCUCUUCUCUCUUAAUCGUCAAUCCAAACCUUUUUCUAAAAAUGGAGAUCUCAGAUUUAUCGAUUCCCAAAUGCUUCUAUCACUCUUCAACUUCGUGAUUUUAUCGUCCACAAUUCGAGUUGGGAAAGUAGAAGAUAAAAAGUUAGAGGUCCCCAAACGGUCGACCAUCACCAUUAAUAGAAACCGUAGCGUUUAUUUACGAAAUGCAACUAGCCGGCGACAACGAUUUAAAGAUAAGAAUGAAGCAUGGAGAACAGAAGCUCCCAUCAAUUCUUCAGUAGGUAGAACGGAUCAGCUGGUUGAAUCAGAUAACUCGAAAUCAUUAAUCGAGGGGAAAGAAACACAAUCUCUUGAUUCUGGAAAUAAUGCAUCUGCUCAUUGUACAUCAGUUGAUAAGGAUAAUGAAAUUUCUAGUAAAAAGAAACCGAUUUUAGGCUCAGAGUUACUAGUCAAACCUGAUGUUGUGGCUUGUGAUGGCUCAAGCUCUCAGGCUAAUAAAUCUGAUAGCGGUGGUGAUGAGACGAAGAAUGAAAGCUCGGAAGAUCCCGAGGAUGAGGAUGAAGAAGAGGCGCACGAGGAGAGGAAUAAAGCUGUGGAGUGGACAGAAGAUGAUCAAAAGAAUCUGAUGGAUCUUGGGCUUUCAGAGAUUGAAAGGAACAGAAGAUUAGAGAGCCUUAUUGCGAGGAGAAGAGCCAGAAAGUCGUACAAACGGAAAAAUGUAGAUAAUUCUCUAAUAGCAGACACUCUUCCUCAGGGUCAAGUUUCUAAAAUUAUCACUACAAGGAAUGAUCCCAUAGAUUUGGAAAAUGGUUGUAAAGACAUAGAAGGCAUACCAUUGCCUGGUUCUGCUCCUUCUGUUCUAUUGCCAAUGAGAAAUCCUUUUGAUCUUCCGUAUGAUCCACAUGAAGAGAAACCAAAUCUUAUGGCCGAUAGCUUUCAACAGGAAUUCACAGCAGCUCACCAAAAGGAUUUAGCAUUCUGCAGACAUGAGAGCUUUUGUUUUGGACCUGCUUACCCAGAAGAAAGUGGGGCAAUGGGAUACCACCCCAGAUAUCGAAGACCUUCAAUUUCAAUUGCAGAUAAAGGCGAACAUGACUGGCUAAUUGAACAGCUAUUAUUUAAAGGGGAACAAGUUUCUCGCCCUGAAAAAAAACCUAUUGCUGUAGAAACCAGAGGCAUUCAAACUGAAGAUUUACCACAAACCAAGGCUGUUAAUGUAAUGGAGCCUGAAAGCGAUCAAGAGAAGGAGAUUCCACCAGAUGCUGAGAGUGAAUUUGAAAUGGAGCCAGAAUUGAUGCGAGACGGCAAUAGCCAAUCAAGCCGUUCAUCUUCACCAGAAAAUCCUGAAAAUGUAAUCUGUGAUGAUGUCAGAGUAGUUUCGAAAAACUUUGAGUCAACAGUGAGCAGCGCACUGAACAAAACCUUGAACUGCAGAGUACCAAAGGGCAGAUUAAUAAAGGAAGCUCUCUGUGAAUUUAGCCCCACGGCAUUUGAUAAGAACAGAAUGGAUGACCGUUUUUCCUAUCCAGAUAAAGUGGUCUGUCACACUCCAACUUACUCCAUUGCUUCUGACCUGCAAGUGGAGGUCUCUGAAAUUGGCUCCCCUCCGACUAUUGACGGGAACAAUACUGAUGCAGAAUCAUUGAACCCUGACUGGGAGGUUGAAAAGGAUGUAAGUUUUGGAGGUGAACAAGAUGACAUGUGUCCACCAUUGGAUGGCCGGUUUAACGAAAUUGUAUCGGAUGCACAUAAGGAAGAAGUAAAGGCAUUGAGUGUCAAAGAAGCAUCACCACCUAAAAUUAAUCAAAGUCCAAUGCCAGAGGAACUGGUGGACAAUCCUUCUCAAGCUGUUCCCCAAAUGCCUGAGGAGUUGUCUUUUCCGACAUUCGACCAUGAUGAAGAAGCCGUAAAUCACAUGGUUGACCAAAAAAAUCCAGAAGCUCUAGCCAAUAUGAAAAACUUGGUAAAAACCAGAGAAGAUGUAGAUGAUGGAUUGGAGAUGUUUAUCAAACAAGAGGAUAAUGGAAAGGAAACAAAAUCAUUGGAGGAGACUUACGUAAAAUCUAGCAGAUCUUUGAGUGAUAAUUCUGAGGAUUCUUCUGGAUGUCAAGCCCACUCGGAUCAUGAACAUUCAGAAGAAGGAAGUAAAAAUAUGGACCAAAUUACUGGGAGUGGAGAUCUCGGUAGGGCUCAUAAACAUUCAGAAGAAGGAAAUAAAAACAUAGAUCAAAUUUCUGGCAGUGAAGAUCACGGGUGGGCUCAUAAAUAUUCAGAAGAAGGAAGUAAGAACAAGGAUCAAAUUACUGGCAAUGGAGAUCUUGUCCAGGCUCAGGAACAUUCAGAAGAAGGAAUUAAAAACAUGGAUCAAAUUACUGGCAGUGAAGAUCUCGGAUGGGCUCAUAAACAUCCAGAAGAAGGAAGUAAAAACAAGGAUCAAAUUACUGGCAAUGGAGAUCUUAGCCUGGUUCAGGAAGAUUCAGAAGAAGGUAGUAGAAAAAUGGAUCAAAUUAUUGGCAAUGGACAUCUUGGCUGGGCUCAUGAACAUUCCGAAGAAGGAAUUAAAAACACUGGUCAAAUUACAGGCAAUGGAGAUCUUGUAGAGCCAAGAAAUGUUGAAGAACAAAUUGAGUUUAUACAAGAUCACAAGCAUCAACCUAAUGUUGUGACAACUGAAUUACAGAGUCCUAGAAAUGCCUUGAAAUUGACAGUAGACAAGGACUUGGGCCCUUCUGGAGGAGUGCCUCCUGUUUCCAUUGACAUAAUGUGUUCUGGUGCUUCAACAAAUCAAGUAAAUGAUGUUCAAAGUGAAUAUCAGAAGUCUAAUAAAGAUCUUGUUGAGCCAAGAAAGAUUGAAGAACCAUUGGAGUUGAAACAGGACAAUAAAAAUCAACAAAUUUUUUUGGAAACUGAGUUCCAGAGUUCUAAAGAUGCCUCGAAAUCGACUGUAGAGGAUGACUUGGCUAGUGAUGUUGGAAUGCCUCUUCAUUCCAACGAUAUAAUAGAUUCUGUUGCCUCACAGAAUCAAGCAAAUGCUGUACCACUUGAAUUUCAGAAGUCUGACGAUGCCAUGAAAUCAACACCGGGGCAAGACUCAGUCAUUGAAGGAGAGCUUGUUGAUACCAAUGCUGGAUUAUAUCCAGAGUCUUUGAUGGAAGAACAAAUCCAUAUGAACAAAGUCUCCUCAUCACAGGAUUCCAUUGUGGAGAAUAGCCCAAAAACCAAGGAGGAGGAUGAUAAUAAACCAGCUGAUUCCAUCAAAGUCGAAAAUGAGUUCAUCAAAGACCUUUCAGCACAAGGUGAAAAAUCGAACUUGGAUGCCAAAGAUGAACCUGUAGAAACAGAUAAGAAUUUGAGCUCACCAAACUCAGACCUCAACGUCGAUUUGAAAAUCUCAGAAAUCACUAGUCAAGAAGAGGUCGCAGCACCUAAUUACCCUCUAGCAGAAAUCACAACCAAAGAAGUCGAAGUUGAAACUGAACCAACACUCAUUAUCGUGACCAACUUGGAAAAUGUUGGAGAGAAUAAUAGAACUGAAUAUGAAUCUCAUAAAUUCAACAAACAAGAAUCUGAUAUUGUUAAGGAUAAGGACUUGGAAUUUGACAAGGACAUGGAAAGUUACUCCAAAGAUUUGAAUGGGAAUGAAGCUGAAGGCAGCAGCAACCCCUCCAUAUUAAGAGCAAACCUAGUGGGCCUACAAAAGCCCCCAGACUCGGCCCAUCAAAGCCCAGUAGAUUCUUCUUUGAUUGCAGAUAAAGGAUCCUUCUAAUACAGUGGCUAUGAAGUUGGGAGGUUUGUUAUUUUGUAGGCUUUUAGCAAACCUCAUAAAAGGAAGAAAUUACUUCAUCAAUUCUUUUCUUCUUCCAGUUGCUUUUUAUGACUGAAGUUACUGAUUAGUUGUGUAUAAGUAUAACCAAAACUAAAUGUAAUUAAUAGUCUAAUAAUCCUUACAACCAUGUUUGACGACGGUUUUGAUGUGUAAUCUAUGACUCCUUAGAAACAUUAUUAUAUGGUAACUACUUAGUUACAAAUUAUAUUGCAUUUGUAUAGUGCAUUCUACUUAAUUGUAUGAUAUUUAUUAUAUCUUA